UCCCGAGAUUCCGCGCGUCGGAGAGACGCGCGGGUCCGCGGCUUGAGACGCUGCUGUCGCCACCAUGCCGAUGAAGGGCCGCUUCCCUAUCCGCCGCACGCUGCAGUACCUGGGCCGCGGGGAUGUGGUGUUCAAGGAGUCGGUGAAGGUCAUGACCGUGAACUACAACACGCAGGGGGAGCUGGGCGAAGGCGCCAGGAAAUUUGUGUUUUUCAACAUCCCUCAGAUCCAGUAUAAGAACCCUUGGGUGCAGAUCAUGCUGUUUAAGAACAUGACGCCAUCACCCUUCCUGCGGUUCUAUCUAGAUUCUGGGGAGCAAGUGCUGGUAGACGUGGAGACCAAGAGUAAUAAAGAGAUCAUGGAGCACAUAAAGAAAAUUUUGGGCAAGAAAGAGGAGACCCUCAGGGAGGAGGAACUGGAGAAGCAGCGUCAAUCUCAUCCAGCCAACUUUGGCCCCCGGAAGUACUGCUUGCGGGAGUGCAUGUGUGAAGUGGAAGGUCAGGUGCCCUGCCCUGGCCUGGUGCCCUUACCCAAGGAGAUGACAGGGAAGUACAAAGCUGCUCUGAAAGCCAGCACUUAGGUCUGAGCAAGGUCAUUUGGGAUGGACUGAUGGAACUCUCUGAAAUGGAAAAGCCUGUUUGCACACCCAUUUAAAGGACAUGGGGAGAAGGCCAGAGUUGUCAGCUGCUAAACAGAUGUCAAUAAAAGAUUUAGUCUUCCUUUA